AACAAAAUGGCUGCCCCCAAUUGAUGUCAUGUGUUGAAAACAUUUUGCGGUAUUCUACCGACUCUUAUGUGCCAUUGCAAUCUAAUGCAUUCAGAUGGCGACUACGUCAGACUUAUUAAUCGAAGGAGAUAAAGAGAAACUGGCCGCGCCAAUAAAAACAGUAAAGGAAAAAUGGAAAUUAUUACCAGCAUUUCUUAAGAUCAAAGGAUUGGUUCGUCAACAUAUAGAUUCUUUUAAUUAUUUCAUCAAUGUAGAGAUUAAAAAUAUUAUGGACGCUAAUGAUAAAGUCACAAGUGAUGCAGAUCCAAUGUUUUAUAUGAAGUAUUUGAACAUCUACAUUGGUAUGCCAGAUGUAGAAGAAGGGUUCAAUAUCACAAAACCAAUAUCACCACAUGAAUGUAGGUUACGAGACAUGUCUUAUUCUGCUCCAAUCACAGUGGAUGUUGAGUACACAAGGGGACAACAAAGAGUGGUUAGGAACAAUCUACCUAUUGGCAGAAUGCCAAUUAUGCUGAGAAGUUCUAAUUGUGUUUUGACUGGAAAGUCACCAGCAGAGUUGGCUAAAUUAAAUGAAUGUCCAAUAGACCCUGGUGGUUAUUUUAUUGUAAAAGGUGUUGAGAAAGUCAUACUUAUACAGGAACAGUUAUCCAAGAAUAGAAUGAUAGUGGAAGCUGAUCGGAAAGGAAAUGUAGCUUGCUCUGUCACAAGUUCAACUCAUGAAAGAAAAAGUAGAACCAAUGUUAUAAUGAAAAAAGGAAGAUACUAUUUGAAGCAUAAUACAGUAUCAGAGGAUAUUCCUAUUGCAAUAAUGUUUAAAGCAAUGGGUAUCGAGUGUGAUCAAGAGAUUGUUCAAAUGAUUGGGACAGAAGACCAGAUAUUGUCUGCCAUAGCUCCAAGUCUUGAAGAGUGCCACAAAGCACAGAUAUUCACUCAGACACAG